AUGAAGUCCUUCACCGUCGCGUCUGCCCUCCUCUUCGCAGCAGCAGCCCUCACCGGCACCUCGCCCUCCCGAACCCCCGGACCGAACCGGCCGCCUGCCCCACAGCCACAGCCACAUCUCCCCCGCCGCCUCCGCCACCAUCCUCCCCAUCCUCGAAACCUCCCCUCCCCUCCCCUCCCCCUCGCCGACUACCAAGAACCCAUCACCCUCUCCAACAACACCGACGCCCUCCUCGCCGCCCCCCUCGUCAUGACCGUCGACUCCACCCGCCCCGACACCCCCCUCCCGCGCUACAAGCAGAUCGGGCCGGACGUCUACAUCUCCAUCCCGUUCACCGCCGCCCACGCCGGCCGCAAGUGCCGCUUCCACUUCGCCUUCUCGUCGCUCGCCGACGGCGGCAACUACGAGGGCGCGGAGGAGAUCUAUGCGCUCGAGGGCGGCAGCGUCGUCGACGAGACGCUCACGUACAAUAAGCAGCCCGUGUUGGAGGGCGCGCCGGUAGCGAGCUUUUUGAUGGACGACUGGACGGUGGCGGGGCGUGCGGAGCUGUACAGGGCGGAGAAGAGGGCCGAUUUUGUGUGUCCGGGUGUGCCGACGGGGUUUGCGGUGAGGGGCAGGGAUGGCGCGGUGGCGAAUCGGAGUUGGAAUAAGGGCGCUGUUGUGGAGGUGUUGGGGAAGAGCGGGUGGUGGGAUGAUGGCAAGGGGGGGGGGGGUGUACUAGAGGUAGGUGCCGAUGUCGGGGUGGGAAGAUCGAUGGGUGGGGUUUUAGAGGUUUUUUAUAGAUUGGUUUGGGUUUUAGAUUGGACUGCUGGCUUGGAGUAG